AUGCCGGCGCCAGUUUCGGGUAUGAGGCGGAACAGUGCGGUCGCGUCGACCUGCUCCACCACCUCCAGCGGCUCGGACAUGCUGUGGCGUCGGAGCUCGGUGCGCCGCCACUCCACCGCCCAGUCCUCCAUGGUGGAGCUGGAGACGGUGAUCAGCGAAGGCAACGACCAUUUGGCCAUUAUGGAGCCGCGCGCCGCGUACAGCGAGUUCGAUCCCGACGGGAUUCCCUACGUCUAUACGGGGAUGCGAGUCAAGAUCCGUGGGAAAUACGAAUACAUCGACAGUGCGCAUUAUUGUGUGGGCCAUGGUGCUUUCGGCGACGUUUUCAAGGUAAGAAAAAAUUAAAGCGGAGAAUCGUAUUUUACAAACACCUUGGGGGACCUGAUCCAGUGGCAAAAAACGUACCAUUUUGCUUCCGGGAAGUAUCAAAAAUGUGACAAAAAAGAGCGGGCGCGCUUUGAAAUCUGAGUUUUUUCCACUUGGAGAGGGAGGCUUUUUUCCACAUUUUUUGCUACUUCCUGGAUGCAAAAUGGUAUGCUUUUUGCCACUGGAUCAAGUUCCCCACUGUAUAAUAAAAUUGGGAAAAUUAAGUUUGAAUUUUUCCCUUUUAUGGCCAUGAGAUUUUUGUGGUCAUAGGGUUUUUGAGAGCGAUUUGGUGGAACUUGGAGCAAAUUGAGUUAAUUUGUCCCAAGUUCCUUCAAAAUCGCUAUCCGACCCCGCUUUUAUGACAUAACAAUCUCCAUUCUGUCUUAUAGGGCUAUUCGCACGACCGUUUCCACAAGGCCAAAGUCCCGGUGGCCAUAAAACGAAUGGCGCAGGUCAAUGUGAAACCUCACGAAUUGGAGGCCAUGAAGCGCGUGAAGAACCCGUUUUUGGUGUCGUUGAUUGACAUUUGUCAUGAGCACGACGACCUCAACACCUAUGUGAUUAUGGAGUUGUGCCAUUCCGACUUGGAGGCGUAUCUUCAGACCUCCGCGCCAAACGGCUGCCUGGACCCGAAGGAAUUCGAGUGAGUCGCAAAAAAUCCCAUUUUUAUUCCUCUAAAACUUGGCCAAUUUUAACCAAACUUUUCCAGCCUUGUCAUGAAGGACCUGGCUCGCGGCUACUACGCCUUGUACGCCGAGAGCAUCGUGCAUCGUGACAUAAAACCGCCAAAUAUAUUGCUCUUGCUGAAUCGGGAAGGAACUGGAAUCGAAGUGGCCAAAUUGACCGACUUUGGGGUCUGCCGUAUGUUGGACGAUGGCGAUGAGGGUCUGUGCAAUGUGGCAGGCACUUUCUACUAUAUGGCGCCUGAGAUUGGAGCUAACGUUGUGACCUACUGCGAAUAUGGGCAUGCCGUAGAUAUGUGGAGCAUUGGCUGUGUAAUGUACAAAUGCUUCACCGGAGAGGUAAGUGCUUUAAUCACAAUGCUCUAAUCACCAUAAACAGCCCUCUACCGUCUUACUUGACAUAAAAAUCAGCGCAAACCGUACCAAAAACGUCAUGGAUAAUAUAAAUUAUUCUUUAUUUAUAUCCAAAUGACUAGUGAACAUUGCAAAAGCUGUAGUAGAAACGUUUCACAGGCUGAUGAGAUCAUUUUUUGACAUUAGGAAGCCUUGGCUGGAUAUCUUCAUUGAUUCUCCGACAAACAUGAGAGAUAUCUUGAAGCUUCGCUAGGGCAUCGCUCAGCUGAGGCACACUGGAAAUUUUGAUAUUUUAUUCCCUUACAAGACAUAGUCCUUCAUUUUAGCCCAAAUUCCUCACUAGUUUCGCCAAAAUCCUUUAAAUUUUAUAUUAUACUUGACCAUUUCAGCUGCCCUUCACGGAAGCUCAAAUGUGCCGGCUCUUUUUGUACUCGGCCUGCCAAAACUACGAUGCCUAUGACCCUCCAGAGCUUCCCGAGUCAACCACCGAAGCGCAGAAGGAUCUGUUGUAUUCGCUUUUGACCAUCGACCGGUCGCAGCGUUUGACUCCGAAAGAAUUCUACUGGAAGAUGACCGGCAAAUACCCGGUGGAGGAUGGUCUACCCGAACGAAAAAGCACUCCGGAAAAGACUGGAGGUGGCAAUUGUUCGGAGAGUGCGCCAGCGAUCGUCGUGGCUUCAGCCGAAGUUGGAGAAGUGGCUGCUCACUGA